AAUUCUGCAAGUGAUUCUAAUUUACUAUCGCUGUUCUCUAGCUGGCCUAAAACCACUUUUGACCUAAAGGGACGCUUUUUGGAUGCCAUGGACAUUCUCACGUUUCCAGGCAGAAAGAACAGUAAAAAUGCAGGCAGGGCACAGGACAAAGCACUAGGGACAAAACUGAGGUUAAAUGGUUUGAUAGUACAAUGUAUUGUGUGUAUGUCUUGUUUUUACUUUUUUUAAUCUCCUACCGGUUCUGCCCCCCUGCGUCGCCACACUCGCAGGGAAGGGAACCCCUUAGACCAGGCAUGUCCAAAGUCCGGCCCGCAGGCCAUUUACGGCCCGGG